GCCAGGACACUCCAAUAUCUUGCGCACGCGGACACGACACCGGGUGACGAAUCUAAGAAAAAUAAAGAGAAAGAGAAACAAAGAAAGAAAACGAUAGAAAACAACGAUUUCGAUAGAUCAUAGACAAUUUUUCUGAUCUUCUUUUUUCUUGAUAUUAUCUUUCAAAUUUAUCUUCGUUAAUUAUAAUUAUCAUCUUUCUCUCGAUUUUCUUCGAUUGUCAUUUUGUACGACACAUUAUAUUAUCAAAGAUAGGAAGAUAUACGAGUAGUUUUUGAAUUUGUCGAGUGUCAGUUAAAAUUAAUAAUCAAAAAAGAAAAUAUUUCUUUUGUAUGUAUUUUUCAAUAAGUUCCGUCUUACGUUGAAUUGUCCUGUCACAAUUGAACAAAUUGGACAAUUGGUCCAAAGGUUGACCUGGGUCAACCAUGUGGUAAAACUCUCCUUCUAUAUCUUGAUCUCUCUCUCUACCACAGGGAGGGUUAACGUUUUAUUUCGAGAAAAAAAGGAUUAAGAAGUUGAAGAAUAAGAAGAAGAAGAAUAUAAGUCAAGGAUAUUUUCCUUCAAUAUAUUUUGAUAAAGCAUUCCAUUGACGCAUUGGAAAACUGGUUUCUGUAAUUUCUGGGAGAAGUGUAAGAGAUCAAAAAAGCAGGUAGUAGUUGGACGAUCGUUCAACUUUUCCUACAUGAACGGAGGGAAGAAGAAGAGGAAGCCCUGAUUUCGUAGCAAGGUUUUGACGUGUUUACGUUGCCAUUGCGAUUAGGAACGUGAUGUGUGAAGCGGUACCGCGAACUUGGCACAUGAAACCGGAACUUCACAGCGAUCCUGUAGGAGUUCCGGUGGGAGCAUUAUCACCCCCGGCAACCCUAUCUCCUCCAAGUAGUCCGAAUGUGACAUUACCACCUUCUCCUUGGAGUCCUGGGGCUCCGGGUAGCAGUGCUAGCAGUGUUGCAUCUUCUAAUCCUCCCUCGAACUUCUGCGUACCUGUUCAGGAUCGUUUCAGUGCUUUCACACUCGUAUCUGGUUAUGGUUCGGACUUGAGACUACAAAAUUUACCCCAUACCGCGAAUUUACCUGCGCGAGAGAUGCGUUGCGGCCUGAUGUAUAGCGGUGGUUACGCGACGUCCGGGACCACUUGGUGGGCCCGAAACGUAGGCCUUCUGUUGCCGCAUUCCCUUCUGCCGCCGUUAAGAAUUCCACCUCAACAGACAACACCGGUUGCCAAUUGUUCGCCCAUUCAUCCGGAACCUCUUAGUCCAGUCAAACCGGGAUCACCGAGAUGUGCUGUUGAAAAAGUACCAAUUGAAGAAGAAGUACCAUUAAAUCUUAGUACCAAACCAAACGAUGUAUCUUCUAAUAUCACCAGGAAGAAUGAAAUUUGGUCACCUGGUUCGGUUUGCGAAAGAGAGGCUAGAGAAACUAAAGCACCAUCUUCUAGGAAUCCUUUGGCUACUUCGAUUAUCAAUAGACAAAUUCAUCAUUCACCUCUCACCCCACCAUCGUCGUCCGAAAGAAGCUUUCAGUGCAAACAAUGCGGGAAGGCAUUCAAACGAUCGAGCACGCUCAGCACUCACCUUCUAAUUCAUUCUGACACGAGACCCUACCCCUGUCAAUAUUGCGGCAAGAGGUUUCACCAAAAAUCGGAUAUGAAGAAACACACAUACAUUCAUACCGGUGAGAAACCACACAAAUGCGUGGUAUGCGGUAAAGCAUUUUCACAAAGUAGCAAUCUGAUAACUCAUAUGCGUAAGCACACGGGUUACAAGCCAUUCCAAUGUGGUCUAUGUGACAAGGCAUUUCAAAGGAAGGUGGAUUUAAGAAGGCAUAGGGAAGGUCAACAUCCAGCGGCGCCUGCGUUAGAUUAUCGUUCGCUUCAGGUUGCAUCGUCUGGUGUCGGUGAACAAAGUGCCGUUCAACGAAACAACACCGGCCAAGUUCGGUGCACGCCAUCACCACCACCACAACAACAAGCAUCACCACCAUUACCACUACCACUACCACAGACAACGUCACAAGGAGUGGUACAACAACAACAACAACUAUCACCAGCACAGGUACACUCCGGUACCACUGCCAACGGCAUCAACUGCAACAGUAACAGCAACAGCAGCAGCAACAGCAGCAGCAGCAACAGUAACACAGCCCCGUACAGAACGAUACCGGUUCCGGGUAGCAGCAACAGCAGCUGAGAUUCGUCUCACCCAAAGCCCUUUCCUUAUUCUUGCAGGUGUACACAACGAUUCCAUGGGAUCACCGAGCGCAUGCCAAGCGUCUCCCUCUAAUUCAAACCCCACACUUAUUUACUUAUUUGCUACUAUUACUAUUACUAUUAAUUAUUAUUACUGUUAUUCUCACACCUUUACAAUAUUUACCUUGUAAAUAGUUCACGAUCCAAUUGCUACUUGCUAAAUGAGAUAUUAGUACUAUUGAUUAUGCAAUUAUUUUAAUCUCGUUUAAUUCUUUUUUUAUUUAAAUUCAUUUAGAUCAUUGGAAUGU